GAUUUUGAUUCCGGGAGGAAAAAGCGUUUGCUUGCCCUAAUUUACCUCGUGGACCCAAAGUCAAACCGGUAAAAAGCCUCUCCAGACGGUCGGAAACUCCCUCCUGAGAUUCUCUAAAUCUGACACAGAUUUAAGCUUCUUUAUCUAUUCCAGAUCCAACUUCUUACACCCUCAAAUACAUCAGCGACUCGUGCCCCUCACUUAUGGCUGCACGCUGACAUAUAACCCUCCAAGUUUCUUCUUCAAUGGCGCGUUCUUCAAAAGGCAAGUUCUUUGUGCUUAUUUUCUUGUUCUUUUUAUCAUCUCUACAUGCUUCUACUGUCCUUGUAAAAUCUGAAUCUUGUUCAAUACAAUCCGAACAUGACCACCAUCCACGCCAUGAUGCUAUUUCUGAACCUGAAACCAAAAAUAAUCCGAAUCAAGAGAUUUUGCUGAACAAGCUGGAGGAGCUAGUGAGAAAUCUUAGUGAUAUAGUGUCCAGAUUAGAAUCAAAGCCGCCGGAUCUCUCAAAGGUGGUUCUCGAGGACGAGAGAUCGGCGCUGGAGGGGCAGGGAGCGUCUAUCGAAAUAAAGUAUGAGAAUAAAAGAUCAAAUAAAAAGGCUGAAGAUGGGGAGUAUGAGGGCAAAAUUCGAGAUGCAGAGAGAGCUCGAGGGGUUUCUGUAACGAAGUACUCUCCGUUUUGGUCAGAGAGGUUUCAUUUUGUAUCGACUGUGAAAUUAGAUUCAGAUGCAACCUGUAUAAAUGUUCUGCCAUUUCGGGACUAUGAGGGUCUGAGUAAGUACGUAGCUGUUGGGGAUGAGAGAGGAAGAGUCUACGUAUUCUUGAGAAACGGAGAUGUUUUGCUGGAGUUCUACACCUCUAUGGCCUCCCCCAUUACGGCAAUGGUUUCCUACACAUCUGCUCGCAAAAAUGAGAGUGUCGUCGUAACAGGACACAGGAAUGGCGCAAUCUUGAUCCAUCGAAUUUGGGAGGGGUCGAGUGGAGAAGAUUGGAGUUCUCUUUACAUGGAAAAUGUUGGUAAAAUGGCGUCACCAGAAAGCGAGGAGGUCGGACGGCCUAUAGCGAUCUUGGAAGUUCAUUAUGUUGGAAGGAUGAAAUACAUUUUAUCUACUGAUAGUAGUGGGAAGAUUAAGGUUUUCAGGGAAAAUGGUACAUUUCAUGGUUCUGUCAUGCCAUCAAGUAAGCCGCUAGCAUUCUUGAAGCAAAGGCUUUUGUUUUUGACUGAAACUGGUGCGGGGUCAUUGGAUUUGAAGGGCAUGAGAGUUAGAGAAUCUGAAUGCGAAGGGUUAAACCGUUCCCUUGCUCGAAGUUAUGUUUUUGAUGCCACAGAGCGUUCUAAAGCAUAUGGGUUUACCUCAGAAGGUGAUCUGGUUUAUGUUCUGUUGCUCGGAGAUGUAAUGAACUUCAAAUGCAGGGUUAGAUACAAGAGGAAGUUUGACAUGGAGGAACCUCUGGCUUUCCAGGCUAUUAAGGGGUACAUGCUAGUCGUUAGCCCGGAAAAAGUUUUCGUGUAUAAUGUUUCAUCUCAGCAUUAUGUGAGGGUCGGUGUGCCUCGGUUUCUUUUCUCGACAAGUCUUGAUGAGAUCAGAUCAUCAUUUUUGAACUAUCCAACCUCGAGUUCGGAUUCUAGAAGAGUGAUACCUUUGAUCGCUAGUGACCGUGAAAAGCUUGUCAUCAUCGGCCUUGGAGGUGGGUAUGUUGGAAUGUAUUAUUCUAAUCUUCCUCUAUACAAAGCGGAAUUCAAUACCAUAUUCUGGACUAGCCCAGUAUUGUUCUUCAUACUGUUUCUGUUUGGGGCGUGGCAUUUUUUUGCAAAGAAGAAGGAAGCACUUACUUCUUGGGGGCCAGAUGACCCAUUUACCUCCACAUCGGCUACAACUAAUGCUCCAACCUUAGUAUCAGGCUCUGGAGACAGAUCCUUUGUAGACUCCUCAAGAAAUACAGAAGUGAUGGAACUUAGAAGCGGUGGUCUCAGGGGUCCGACAAGAAGAUACGGCUCUCCUACAAGAUAUCCUGGUGGCGCACAGAGUUCAUACAGGCUGAGCGCAGCAGAUCACAACUCAAGGCCUACUUCAGUUGAUCCGGACUAUCGAACAGCAUCAGAGCUCAAAUUCAGGGGCUCAACCAUGGAACCUCCUCCGGGUUUCCCAAAAAGAAGAGAGGGUCUAUUUGUAAGCAAUCAAGGUGUAAAUGAUCGCAGUUGACUUGUUUGGGUUAACUGCAUGAGCUUCUAACUGGUAUGACUCUCACAUUUCCUUUGAUUUUCAAUCCCGAGGCGACACCGUGGCAUUUGGUCUCGCCAUCUUUCCAGUUUUCGGCUUGUUGCAUAAAUAAAUAAAUAAAGCUAAGCUUUACUGCUUCGUUUUC